AUGGCCAUCCAGCAGAAAACUGUGAUGAACGGGCCUCCAAAACUCAUUCAGCCAUGCAUCGUCACCAGCAAAAAGAGUACAAAUCUAACAAGUGCAGAUGCGCCACCUGCUGUCAAUAUGGCUCCUCAAUCAACUGCAGCUCCUCAGUCAACCACAGCUCCUCAAUCAACCAUGGCUCCUCAAGACAAUCAGACUGGUCAACCAGUAAAGAAGAAACAUGCUGGGUUGAAGUUGAACUUUUGGGACAGCGUUGAUGCCAACCGCAAGCUGUCCAAUGGUGGAGUCAUGAUCUCAACUAGUGACAAACUCACACUAUAUUACUUUGAUUACAUCUGCACAUACCGAAUCAGUUCUAAUCUCAAGCAUGUCGUCAAUUCUGACCUAGAAGGGCCCAUUCCCAACUGGGCAGACAAAGUCGCAUCACAGACUCAACUGAAGCCAUGUUCACCACCAAGCGCCCAAGCCUCUGGCAGGAUCACCCAACUUCAACUUGCAGAUUCCGACCUGGAUCUUGAUAAUGAACCUGAAGAGUACAGUGAGCCGACAUCAACAAUACAGAGGGGAAAGAAUAUUGUGCAUGUGAAAGAGAAACUGAAACUCACAUCAAGAGGCAAGAAGCACUCAUUCCAAAAUGCAGAGUAUUCUGCUGAAGAACGAGAUGCUGCUGAAGAAUUUGAGAUGCUGCAGGAUCCGGACACUGCUGAGGACCAGGAGAUACUCAAGCAUCCAGAUGCUGCUGAGGACCAGGAGAUUCUCGAGGAUCCAGACGCUGCUGAAGGAUUUGAGGAGGUUGCUGAAGGAUUUGAGGUUGCUGCUGAAGAUGAGGACCAUAUGCAUGGCACGACGCACAAGCUCUUUAAUGUCUCCAACCAGAAGACCGCAACACAGCAUACCAAGGGCAAGGGCAAUACCAAGGUCAAGACUGGAGGUCAAGACGGAGGUCAAGACGGAGGUGAAGGCUGA